AUGGCAAGCGAUGGGUUUAAUGGCGAUACCUCGCUCAUACCCUUUGGCAACGCCAAUCGCCAAGUCGUGCUUCGCAAGGACACAUCUGUUGUGGUUUACGAUCAUGCCUCGAGGGAGAUGGCAACACUGAACACAGAACGUGACGUAGAACUUGAACAUGCCAAUUGCCCAACUUGCCAUCAACCAUGGCCAGCGCACUCUACGGACGAAGAAGAUGUUGCAGCGAUAUCCAGUCCAGAUGUAAUCGAUCCCCAGUACUUUCGCAUGCUCAGCCACACAUUGAAUGGGAGCCCCAAGUCGUCACCUUCUACAUCACCUCGGAGACGCUUCUUGCAGUCCUUGACUUCACCGAGCAGUGCCCGAUCAGAUCUGCCCUCCGGCGCCGAGUUUGUGGGAAGCUCGCCAGCACCCACUGAAGCUCAUGGUAUUUCGUCGUCGGCAUUUAGCCAAGACUACUUUAAAAAGUUCUUUGUGGAGGAGAAAGUGCUUGGCCGUGGUGGAAAAGGUGUGGUAUUACUUGUUGCACAUGUUCUAGAUGGUGUUCGGCUUGGACACUUCGCUUGCAAACGUGUUCCCGUGGGAGACGAUCAUGAAUGGCUCAAAAAGAUUUUAACAGAAGUGCAGACGCUACAAAAUCUUUCUCAUCAAAACUUGGUGUCUUACCGCCAUGUCUGGCUUGAGGAUGUGCAACUUAGCAAAUUUGGCCCAAGCGUGCCAUGCGCUUUCAUCCUCCAACAGUACUGCAAUGGUGGUGACCUUCACAACUACGUCUGUGGGCCAGCUAAACCAUCUAUAACCACUGCAGAGCUGAAGAAUCGUAUUCGACGAAGGUCGAAAGGUGGGACUGAGAGGCCCGAUGAUGUAGACAAGCGGAGAAAGCUUUCUUUGGAUGAGAUUUAUUCCUUUUUCAAAGACAUUACAUCCGGUUUACGCUUUCUACAUGCAAGUGGCUACAUUCAUCGGGAUCUCAAGCCUAGUAAUUGCCUUCUGCACCAAAUGGAGGGAGAAUUAAGAGUUCUCGUCAGCGACUUUGGUGAGGUCCAAUCAACAACAGCGAUCCGGAAAUCCACCGGUUCGACUGGCACCAUCUCCUACUGCGCCCCUGAAGUCCUACGCAGGGAGUCUCCAGGUGGUCCUUAUCAGAACUUUACAGUCAAGUCUGAUAUCUUCUCUCUUGGCAUGAUACUCUAUUUUCUAUGCUUUGCUACCCUACCCUACCGCAACGCCGAUGUUCUUAAUGAAGAGAACGAAGAUCUCGACGACCUGAGGGCCGAAAUACUUCAUUGGGAGGGUCUCGACGAACAAGCGCACAAACGACCUGAACUGCCCGAGAAACUGUAUGUCUUUAUGCGAAGACUACUUGCAAUCAAGCCGCAGCAUCGUCCCAGUGCUGGAGAAGUCGAUCAUGCCAUCCGAACUGGAGUUGGGCUCUCAGAUUUCUCGUCACCAAUCGAUCCGGCGUCUUCUUCCUCAGACGAGCUUACUCAGUCGGAUCGCAUUACACUGAUUGAUAGUCCCAGGCGGGAAUCCGCUAGCACUCGCCUUUCUACUCACCGUACAGCUCAAUCCACAUCUAUAGCCCAACGAUCUCCGUCGCGACUUCGUCAGCUAUCACGGCCAGCAACUCUUCCAACCGGACCCGAGCAUAAUGAUACAUCCAAUAGAGCCAGAAGUCCUCGUCAGCAGCUUGUAAGGGUCUCCUCUCCUACCCAAGAAUCUAGCCAUGAGUUUCCUGCGCCGUCGCGUCACGGCUCUUGGGACGUUGCCGCUUCCGAGCGGGUCCCACUACUACUUCCUCCGCCGGCUAGAAGCCAUCAACUUCCAGCCUCACCAGCGUUCCUCAAGUCCUCCACUUUUUGGUACGGUGCUCGAGUGUUGGCGCUUUUGGCAAAAAUGAUCUCGCUGUUAAGCGCCUGUGGAGAACGAGCCGUCAACCCUGUUGUUGUGUAUCCAUUGUUAAUCGCCGCAAUCCUUGAGUUCACAGCCCCGUUUUAUUCUGGCGUGAUCCUUGAAUGUCCGGCCCUCGUCUCCUUGAUCAGGACCUGCCGACUGCUUCGUAAGCAUGCCGAAAGCGAGCUUCUGUGGGCAAACCUGAUCCGCGAAUGCCUACCCAAUUUCCCAGACAGUCCAUAUCCAUCACCAUCGUUUCGAUCGCUGUACAUCGCGCACCAUCCUUAUUGGUUCUUACCGAAACAUAGAGUAUGGUUCUCGGACAACGCUCAUACAGGGAAGCUUGUACUGGUCAAGUAUGACCCAAGGAGAGGUUCCAUAGAAGGGUACAGGCUACUAGGAAGCAGGGGGGAAAGCGCAUUUCAACAUUGGUCAUUCGACUCGGAGGUUAUCAUUCAUUCAUUCGACCCUAUAGUGACUCUUCACCAUGAUCGUCCUGUCAUCAAGCUUGAGCACAUCGAUCCUGCAAGGCAGUUGAGGCGUCAGGGGUGGUGGGAAGGAGAAAUACACAUGAAAGUUGGAAGUGAUGCGCAUGACAGUGUUUUCUCGACCUUCUUCUUGAGUCGUGCGCUACCAAAACAGCUUCAGGAUCCAAGUAUGGAGAUGUGGCCACCAAAAUUGAUUCCCACGCAUGAGAGAGUUCGGAGUGCCUCACAGGACAACUUCCAUGGAUGGGGACACAAACCACAGAAAUACGAGGAGAUCAGUACCAAGACGUUCAGGCUACGAACGUGGAUGCAAUUUUCUGUGGGAGGGUCUGCAUUUCGUGUCAGGAUGGGCGAGGAGGUUUCGACUUGGAGCACAUUAGACCCCGACUUAUACACACCUACGAAGGAAAAGCCCUAUCAAGGAAUCUGGGUAGGAGAUUAUGCUGGGCAUGGAUGCGAGUUCCUGCUGGUCACGCAGAGAGAGACCGUGCAAGGUGAAGCAUACACAACACGAAAUCGAGCAUGGAGUAGGUGGAAUUCUGAUUUGCCAGAAGACGAGCCUGACACGAGAAUCAUCAUGGCAAACACGCCCCACGGCGAAGAUCGUGUACAGGAAUGUUCCAGUUUCAAAGGUAGGAUUGAAGCAAUCAAGCUGACGGGUGAUGUGAAUGUGCCUCGAGGAGAAUACACCUGGAUUGCGAAUGACAUUGGCUCGGCUGGCUUCAUUCGGGUAGCUGAAGAAGAGCCUUUCCGGGGAGCAAGGGUUGUAAAGAGUCGAGCGCAUAUAGCUGCAAGAGGUUUCCAGGAUGAUGAGUUUGUUCCUUCUCAACUGAUCAUGAUCUCACACGACAGACUGGCGCAAUACUGGGUGCCGUUAGGACACAUCUCAUUCUACGAGAGGGUUAACAUUGACAGCUUGAUCAGCUCCAGCGGACGCACGGCAAGGGAACCAGCCUAA